AUGCAGGCAUUCGCGCGCCUCUCCUCGCCCGCCGCCUCCAGAAAGGUGAUUUCGGGCGUCUCUGGCGCGGUCGCAAGGCCGUGCUACCGGACAUGGCGGUGGAAGGCGCAUGCGGCGCCGCUGUCGGCUGCGGACCCACCCAAGGGCAAGAAGAGGGAAUACAUAUCCAAGAAUGAAAGGAAGGCUAGGAUGAAGGAGUUUAUUGAGGGUUAUCAGGCAUCAAAUGACGGUAGAUUUCCGACUAUGCAAAUGAUUCGUCAAAGUGUUGGAGGGGGUCACUACACAAUUAGGGAUGUACUCUCGGAAGUAAAGUAUAACCAGAUAAAGUUUCCGUUUGAUAAGUCUAAGGCAGCCCAGCUUCAGGAGACAGCUGAAGGUGCUGAGCAGUCAAGGCCAGAGGAGGAGAGUGGAAACAGUUCAUUUAACUCUCAGAGCUUCAACGGAAAUCAGGAUGAAGAUGACACACUCCUAUCCCAGAAAGAUUCUCCUGCUGGCAAUACAAUCAUGGAAAACACUGAAGCUUCCAUAUCUUUGGACGCAAAGGAGGUGAAGUUACCGCUAUAUAACUCCGAGGCAGCCCAGCUCCAUGAGACAGGUGAAUGUGCUGAGCAAUCAAGGCUCGAGGAAAGCGGGAGCAGUGCAUUGAACCCAGAUGACACACUCCUCUCCCAGAAAGACUCUGCUAUGGGCACUACAAUCAUAGAAAACUUUAACAUUUCAAUGGGGCAAGCUGGAAACAUGAUUCCAACAAAUCAACCAUUGGGAUCUCUAGAGUCACAAGACUCCUCUCAUUACAGUGGUGAGGUUGCCAAGCAAGAUUCAUGUACUGCAGCUGCAGAUGCUAAUGACCUGACUGUAUCGAAACAAGCAGAAAUUGAUAGCAUGAAGACUGAAGCACCCAUAUCUUUGGAACUGGAGACUAAGUCAGACAACGGGAAUCGUCAAGGGGAAACUGAAGUUAACAAGUUGCAUUCGAACAAUGUGAAAAAAUUCCAGGAUCCAACUGAACCAACUGUAUCUGAUCAAACUGAACAUGACACAGUGAUUAAAGGGAAUGUACUUCACAGAGAAGAGAACCCCGAGGUCGAGGAGCAGGGAUCAAGCAAGACAAGUCUUUUAGGGAGCCUGAAAUCGCUUGCUUCUGGGAUCAGAAACUUCUGGAGAAAUCUGUAA